AUGGAGAAAAAAUGGACAUACUGUGCUAUCUAUUCCAUCAUCCGGAUGCAUUUUGCCAGGGGAGUAUGGGAGGGAAUAUUCAAUGCGGAAGACAUUUAUGCUGUACCUGGCUCUGAUAUCAACCUGACCUGCCAAGCACAGAAGAAAGGCUUCUUGGUGCAGAUGCAAUGGUCCAAGGUCACUAAUAAAGUGGACAUGAUUGCUCUUUAUCAUCCCCAACACGGCUUCUACUGUGCCCGUGGGAAUCCCUGUGAGUCACUGGUAGCUUUUACAGAAAUUCCCGGGAAUGUGUCAAAAUCGACACUACAUUUAAGAAAUAUAUCCUCCUCAUUUGGUGGAAAGUACGUGUGUAGCUUUACUCUGUACCCGGAGGGCAUUCAGACGAAAACCUACAACCUUCUCAUUCAGAAACAUGUUACACAGGAUGAAUGGAGAAGUAACCACACAAUAGAAAUAGAGAUAAAUCAGACUCUGGAAAUACCAUGCUUUCAAAAUAUCUCCUCAGAAAUUUCAUCUGAGUUCACCUUUGCAUGGUUGGUGGACGAUAAUGGAACUCAGCACACACUUAUCACCCAAGAUCAGCCCAUCAGCAAUUCCAUGUUAUUUAAAGGCAGAGUCAAGCUGGGCACAGAUUAUGGACUCCACCUCUCUCCAGUCCAAAUCCGCGAUGAUGACCGGGAGUUCUCUUGCAGCAUCAGAGUCAGGCCUGGCAAGAUCUUGAGGAGUUCCACCGUUGUCAAGGUUUUCGCUAAGCCAGAAAUCCCCAUGAUUGUGGAAAAUAACUCCAUGGAUGUCUUGGGAGAGAGAACAUUUACCUGCUCACUAAAGAAUGUAUUUCCCAAAGCAAAUCUCACCUGGUUUCUCAACGGAAGGCUUCUUAAAGGUGAAAAAGAAGAAAUAUACAUUACUAAUGAAGAAAGAAAAGGCAAAGGUGGAUUUUUGGAACUGAGGUCCGUUUUGACAAGGGUGGGUAGUAAUAAACCAGCCCAAACAAACAACCUGACCAUUUGGUGUAUGGCUCUGUCUCCAGCCCCCAGAAAUAAAGUGUGGAAUAUCUCAUCAGAAAAGAUCACUUUUUCCUUGGGUUCUGUGAAUCCCCCAACAGAUCCUCCACUCAGUGUUACAGAAUCUGGCACCGGCGCCCAACCUUCCCCAGCCAACAGCAUAUCUCCUGCAACAUCUCCAGCUACAUCUUCAAUGGCUCUUGUAGAUGUGAGUGCGUUGAGGCCAAAUGCUACCUCUUCGAUCAGCAAUUCCACUGUGACUACCCAAGGCUUCAACUACUCCUGGACUUCCAGUGGGAUAGAUACCAAAAAAUACCAAUGUUUCAUUCCUAGCAUGGAGAGACCCCCACCUUUCAAGCCACCACCACCUCCUAUCAAGUACACUUGCAUUCAAGAGCCCAUUGGAAGUGAUCUGCCUUGCCAUGAGAUGGAGACACUCUAGUCCUUUGAGACUGCCAUACAGCAGAACUCUGCUGGAAUCAUAUUGAGAAAGUAGAUACUGUGCUUUGUAAAUUGGCCUUCC